AAUCCUGAACCACAGUACGGUGGAGAUAACUGUUCUGUCAUUGGUCCAGCAAUAGAGACGAUGGAUUGUCCGUUGCUUCCUUGUCCCGUACACGGAGGGUACACCCCUUGGUCUAAUUUCUCAGAAUGCUUUCCAAUUUGUGGAAAUGGAAGUACAAAGUACAGAACUCGAAACUGUUCUAAUCCUCAACCACAGUACGGUGGAGAUAACUGUUCUGUCAUUGGUCCAGCAAUAGAGACGAUGGAUUGUCCGUUGAUUCAUUGUCCUGUUGAUGAUAUCGAUGUGACUGUCACCUUUAAGUUAAACAAUAUUUCUCAGAUGAACGAUUGUCGUAGUACUUCAAGUAUGGCAAGACAACAUUUUGAAGAAAAGCUUGAAAACGCGAUAAACGGAUUGUAUGGAGACAAAAAUGUGAAAGAAGUGAACAUCAAGAACAUCUGCAACGACAGCUUUCCUGUUGUUCAAGCAAAAGUUAUUUACGAGCCACUAGACUUUCCUGGUCUGAUAUCUCUUCACGAUGCUUUCUACGAAGAUCGAAUGAUCGGUCCCUACAAUGUAACCCCACUUCGCUUUUUCUCAAAAUACGUUCCAACAGACAUUGUUCAAAACCUUUCUGCCUUUAAUCAAAGUUCUACGAGUCUAGUCCUACAAUGGAGUCCUCUGGUGAACCAUCCAGAUAACGAUGCCGUCAUCGGUUAUUCUGUCAUGCACAAAGAACUUCUUGGAUCGAAAAAGAUGAAAUCAAAUUUUUCGGUGAUCACCGCCUUUUUUAACCGAUCUGAGGGAAUUUUAACUGGGUUGAAAAAGUAUACUUGGUACGAGAUGCGAAUAGCUGGCAUGAGCAGGCGUGGAGUUGGAUCUCCUAAUGGAAAAAUGCAGGUCCUUACUGAUGAAGAUGUGCCAAACGCUUCAUCAAACUUGAAACCUUUUGGUCAAAAUACGAGCUCGACAUCCUUGAACAUUCAAUGGAAAGAAAUACCGAGAGCUGACAUAAACGGUGUUUUGCUGGGUUAUGUCGCGUUUUACAGGCCUUCCUUUCCAUUGGCGACGUCCUUUCAAAAUGUCACAGUGUCUGCGAGAAAUCUUUCGCUUCAUUUGACCGGACUUCGAAAGUUUACGAAAUACGAGUUACGUGUUGCUGGUGUAACGUCGAAAGGAGUGGGAAGAAAGUCCAACAGCACUUUUCUUUUCACUGAUGAAGAUGUACCGGAUGAAGCACCAAUCUUUCAGUCUUUUCAUAAUCUCAGCUCAACUUCGAUUCAAGUUCGAUGGUCGAAGGUGCCCAACGAUCAUGAAAAUGGUAUAAUCAAAAGCUACAAAUUGUACUACAGAGCGUAUAUUACUAACUCCUCGUGGUUGGUGAAAGUACUUGCGGAAAACACUACCCUUCUUGUUAUUGACGGCUUAGAGAUGUUCCAAAAUUAUUCCUUUCGCAUUUCUGCUUUCACGAAGAAAGGAGAAGGGAAGAUUAGCGAAGCAGUCGUUGUUUCAACUGACGAGGAUGUGCCCUGUGCUUCACCAAACAAUAUUUCUGUCGUUGCCACCAGCUCGACGUCGUUGAUGAUAAAAUGGGAGCCCAUACCAGGCCCCUGUCGCCGCGGUAUUUUGCGCGGUUAUACAGUGUUCUUUAGGAUGAAAAGCGAAAUAAAGUACAAGAACAUUAGCGUAAGGCCAUCUUUUACUGGCGCCACUCUAGAAAACCUCACGAAGUAUAAAGCAUACCAUAUUAAAGUGGCAGGAUUUACGUAUAAAGGACACGGACCUCAAACAAAAGACUUCACGGAACGAACAUUUGAAGAUGUUCCAAGUACAUGGCCUAAAAAAAUAAAAGCUUUCAAUACCAGCUCCACCAGUAUCAAGAUAAUCUGGAGUAAGAUCCCACUCUCAAAAGUAAACGGACGUCUCGAAGGUUACACUAUUUUGUUGAAGAAAGCGAACGAAACUGUUUGGAAGCAGGUGAACGUCUCGAAGAUCGACUUGAGUCAUGAAUUCAUUAAUCUUUGGAAAUAUACCGUGUACCAUUAUCGUGUAGCUGGUUUCACAUCAAAAGGUGAAGGGCCCUGGAGUAAGAGCGAAUCCGUGAGGACAGAUGAGGAUGUUCCAAGUCGUACGCCAGAGAUGUUCACAGCUGUCAACAAGUCUGGACCAACCUCCAUUCAUUUAAGUUGGAAGCCGUUGCGUGAUUCCUUUUACCUCCAUGGUCUCCUACGGGGCUACAAAAUAGUCUAUAAAAUGAUUCGUCUUGCCGGAAGCGCUAUGACUGUGGAAGCUGAGACUAUGAAUGUUAGUGUUUCGCCAAAAACACUGUCUUAUAAAUUGACGAAUCUGGAAAUUUAUGCGCUAUAUAGGAUACAAAUAAACGCUUUUACAAUCAAAGGUGAUGGUGUCACUGCCGAAUUAUUUGAAGAAACCUGCAAAUGUGCUUCAGCUUAUAAAACAAAUUGGUGGAUCAAUUCUCCCUAUAUGGAUCAGAACAAUAGCAAGGUCACUGGGAUUUUUUCACAUGUACUUCCUUUGAUGGUAUCGAAAUGUUGUGGCUCCUGUCACGAACACAAUCAGACUGUCACUCACUUCGAGAAUCCUUCAAAAACCAUUUCCUAUCGCAAAUCUGGAGUGAAUGCAUUUCGUUCUGCUGUGAACGAUGACAUAGAACUCCAUUUUCCAAUGCACGGCCAGUUGCAUCAAGUCAAGUAUUACAAGCGCUACGAGUUUAUACCCCUGGUACAAUCUCCUGGGGUGGUUUUCCUCGUAUUGGAAGAGGACGAACACACGCCAUCGUUGCUAUUAUUGAAUGCGAUCAGCGAAUCGUUACCAAUCGUUGUACUGAUGAUUGUAUUAAGUUUACUCAUGGGAAUCGUAGUUUGGUUCGUGGAGCGUUUUCAAAAUAUUCAUGAGUUUCCUACAUCGUUCACUGGUGGUGUACAACAUGGAGUGUGGUGGGCUAUUGUCACAGUAACGACCAUUGGAUACGGUGAAGUCCCUCGCUCAGUAAUGGGAAGAAUUCUUGGAAUUGUUUGGGUUCUCUUUGGUUCCAUACUUGUAGCUAUGUAUACUGCAUCAAUUACUUCAAGUAUUACAAGUGAAGUGGUCAGCGACACGGUGAAGCUCUAUGGCACUAAGGUGGCUGUUAUACAGAACUCUUCAGAACAUCAAUUGGCUGUCAGAAAGAACGCUAAAGCUGAUUUAGAUCAUCUCUAUAGCACUUACGAUGUGUACAAUGGUCUUAAAAACCGUUACGUUAAAGGGGCAUUGGUUGAUGCUUAUGCCUUGGGCAGUCAAAGGCACUUGUUCAAUAAUCUUGAAGUUACACUGCAAGAAAUCUAUGAUUACUCCUCGGCGUAUGGAAUUGUUUUAGCUGGUGAAGCAAAAAAACUGCAAACGUGUUUCAGAGAAUACGUCAGCGAAAAUAGGAGUGAAAUUUUUCGUGUUAUUGAAAGACAUGUACACGUGAUCGAGAAAAGCGAAGUGGCUCAGUCUGUGAAACGAGCGUACUCUUUGAUCGAUCCUACUUUCAUCAUUUACCAGAAAUGUGUUUUUAUUAUAAGUGGACUCUUCGUUCUGAGCUUUAUCUUAGGGUGUGUAUUUGAGUACUUCAAGAAACAUUUAAAAGGAGUUUUCUUCCGCGCGACAUUCAAAAAUGGUGAGUAUCUAUGAUGAGUGUUGGCUUCGUUGAGCUGGUGGAUGUUGUUGUCAUAAAUAUGUGCGUUUUCUUGUUUUUAAGACUAUCUGGUUUGCUAACUUGUUAACAACUGCAAGUGAAUAAUGUUGAAUGUAUAAAUAAACUAACACUUAUAACAUUUUACUCUUUCUUUCUUAUAGUUACAUGCAAAAAAUGGUUACGACGUCAAAGAAA